UGCCUGCCGGGGGUUGCCAUGGGUGCGGCGGUGGCGGCCGGGGGUCGGUGCCGGUGCUGGUGCUGCGGGAAGGGGCGGUGUCGGGCGGACCCGUGCGGGGUCCUUUGCCUGCUGCUUACGUACCUCAGUGUGGGCUACGCCGACUACGUUAUCCUGGAGCAUGUCCUGCUCCAGCCGGGCUUCCGGGGCAGCCUCUGGUGUCCGUUCCAUGCCGUGGCGUUCAACUUCAUUGUCGUGAUGCUCUUGGCCUGUCACACGCGGGCUGUCUUUGCCGACCCAGGCAUGGUCCCGCUCCCAGAUACAGCCAUUGACUUCUCUGACUUGCGGAGUAGCAGCAGUGGCGGAUCGCACAAGAAGAGUCGGAACAAUGAGGACUGGACAGUGUGUAACCGCUGUGAGACAUACCGGCCGCCCCGGGCGCACCACUGCCGCGUCUGCCACCGCUGCGUGCGCCGCAUGGACCACCACUGCCCUUGGAUCAACAACUGCGUGGGGGAACUGAACCAGAAAUACUUCAUCCAGUUUCUCUUCUAUACAGGCUUGGCCAGCCUUUACGCCAUGGGGCUGGUCUUGACCACCUGGCUUUGGCCCACGGACAAGAGCUCAGCCGGGAAGGCUGAAGGAGCCGAAGGAGGCGUUUCCAACAAUCGCAUCCAAAUCGCUCACCGCAUCAUCUUGCUGGUGGAAUCCAUCCUCUUUGGCCUCUUUGUCACAGUCAUAUUUUAUGACCAGCUGGUCUCCAUUAUCACGGAUGAGACCCCAAUUGAGCAGCUGCGCAACCGGCUCUUGAAAGAGGCGCGGCGGGAAGUCUCCCAUACGCGGAAACCCAAGAUCGCCCUCCUGCGGGAAGUCUUUGGCCGAGGUCUCGUCAUCUGCUGGUUCUUCCCGUGCAACUGCAGCUCUCCGUCAGCCAGCGGGCCCUCCUACAGCUACUUGCCCAACUACGACGUGUGACUUCCUCGGGCUGCUCUCUCUUUGUGCUCUCUUUCUAUUGGUGGAGGCAGAGGUUCCGUUCAGUUUCAUUGGCCACCUUCUGUGGAGGCAUUGGUGGCUGCAGUUUCUAACGUUC